AUGACAAGGUUAAGAGAAAGGAGACAAGGAGCAAAGCUCUACAGACAAGAGAGCAGAGUAAAUGACAAACCAGAUAAAGACACGGACAAUGGAGAAGAGCUUAGCAAUGUAAACAUAGAACAGAUACCAACAGGUGAAGAAGACAGGGACAGUACACCUGAUGAGAGCAAAACGUGUACCACACAGCUGCAGCCUGACACAGAGAGUCAAGAAGAGGACAUAGAUGCAUAUAAGAAGACUUUAGGCCAGACAAAUGAAAAAGUCCUUCCUAAAAAGAAGUACACUCAUUCGGUAAAGCAGAGCAAAAUGUACCUCAACAAGUGUGUUUUGCAAACCCAGGACAUGAAGCUGGAAGAAAGUGGACAUGUUAUUGGAGAGGAGGAAAGACCAAGUGAGAAACCUGCUGACAGUAUUUUUGGAAAAUCACCUUUCACACGUGCUUUUCAAGUCAGACGGGAGCAAGCUGAGUGUGACAUCCUGUCAGAUGAUGCAGUUGGCAUUAAAAACCAUUACCACUGUCCGGGUGUCAUCGAUGUGCUGUUAAAAAACUACAUGGGGAUCUUACCGUUGUGGAGUGGUUUGUUGCUCGGGGAUCUGUCACGGCAUGGAAAAAUCACAACCUGUAAAACAGAUGGAAGUGCCAAAACUAGGGAUACCAACUGUCAUGUUGAGCUCUGGUUUGGUUUGGUCAAACACUCCAUCCUUUUAAAGAAAAGGUACCUGAGACCUGAGUUCAUUUCCAAAAUGUUUGCCUCAAUCCAAGGAAGAUAUAUAGAGCACAUUGGGCAACAUAAUUUGCCAAUUCAGAUUUUCGAUAAGAACUUUGCAAGUUCUAGCAGGCCAGAUGAUGACCAUGAAGAACAAUGGAACAAGCGGGACAGCUCUGUUGGUCACUCCAGGUCCAAGUCAAAGUACUUCAAUCCACCCAAAACCCUGUCAAAGCCCAAGAGCCCACAUGCUGCAAAAGUAAAGAGAAGAGGGAAAAAAGUGGAUCAGGAUCAACCAGAUAAAGACAAAAAGUUAACCUUACUGUGGAAAAAGAGGGACACAGAGGUGGUCGUUGCAUUGGUCCCUUCACAGAUUAAGGGGCGCAACAUCCUUAUCCACCGCAGUGAGCUACGCACACUUCGACCACCCCAGUGGUUGACAGGGGAGGUUAUUGAGGCCCUGUUUCAUGUUGCUGCUCAUACAUUCAGUGUGGUGGACACCAUCUACUUGAUGAGUCAUUACACUGCAGGUGGGAUACUGUUCGGUGAAAGAACUGAGCUACCCCGUCACAGUUUACCAAAGCUAAUAUGCUUUCUCUAA